UGUGGCUUCCCCGUCUCUAAUCUAAUGAUGUUGGGAGUUGCACAGCAGUGAUUUUGUUGCCUCCGUGAGCCUGUUUCACUCUCCUCUUUUCCUUACACUCUGUUAGUCUGAUUGCAGUCCUGGGCAACCUGAUCCUAUUUUUUCCGAAAGCAGUAAUGUAGUCUCUCUAAACAGAAACUUCUGAUCUGCCGGCAGCAACCUCCAGUUUUCCCUGAAGCAGCCUUUCUUUCUUUCUUUCUUUUUUUUCUUCAUCUGAAAUGGCUCUAAAAGAAAGCAUAUUGCCCAUCAGUGAGAUGCUGAGUCCUUUCCCAGAGGUGAUGGAGCUGAACGUGGGAGGUCAGGUGUAUGUAACUAAACACUGCACCCUCAUCAGCAUCCCCGAAACUACUCUACAUAGCAUGUUCACCAAGAACCAGGUGAGAGAUUUACCCAGGGACAACAGGGGUCGUUUCUUCAUAGACCGAGACGGUUUCCUCUUCAGGUAUGUUCUGGACUUCCUUAGGGACAAGCAGCUGGUCCUUCCAGACCACUUCCCUGAAAAGGAGAGGCUUUUAAGAGAGGCAGAGUACUUUCAGCUCAAUGAUCUUCUUAAAUUGCUGACACCCAAGGUCACCAAGCAAAGCUCUAUGAACGAUGAAGGAUGCCAGAGUGAUAUAGAAGACAAUUCCCAAAGUAGUGACCUGGCCAGGACUGCUGCAUUGGACAAGAGGUCUGGUUUCAUCACCAUAGGCUACCGAGGCUCUUAUACCAUGAUCAGAGACAGCCAGGCAGAUGCCAAAUUCCGCCGGGUGGCCAGGAUUAUGGUGUGCGGCAGGAUCGCCCUGGCCAAAGAAGUUUUUGGGGAAACAUUGAAUGAGAGCAGAGACCCUGACCGACCUCCUGAGAAGUAUACAUCACGCUUUUACCUGAAGUUUACCUACUUGGAGCAGGCUUUUGACAGGCUGUCUGAAGCCGGGUUUCACAUGGUGGCUUGUAAUUCCACGGGCACUGCUGCCUUCAUUAACCAAUACAGGGAUGACAAAAUCUGGAGCAGCUACACUGAAUACAUCUUUUUCAGGCCAGCCCAGAGGACGAUAUCUCCAAAACAGGAAUGUGAAGAGAGGAAACAAGAGAAGCUCCCAGACAAAGGAAGCGAAAGUGGAACGUCGCUUAAUGAGCUGUCUACCUCCAGCUCUGAGACCCAUUCAGAAAUCACCAGUCCACAAGACAACAUCUCCUGUGCCCCACAGGCCUCCUCACACCAGCCAAGCACACUCACCUUGGAUCGGCCUUCCAAGAAGGUCUCUGUGCAGUGGAUGCCACAACCGGACAAGCGCAGGAACAGUGAGCUCUUUCAGACUCUGAUAAGUGCCCCUCGAGAGACGAACCUGAAAAAAAAGAAAGCUUCAGAAAAGUUAAGCGUGGAAGAAGAAAUGAAAAAGUGCAUACAGGAUUUUAAACAAAUUAAAAUACCUGCCGAUUUUCCAGAACGCAAACGUCAGUGGCAAUCUGAACUGUUACAAAAGUAUGGGCUAUAGGUUUUUUUUUUCCUCCUAAGCUGUGUUACUGAACAAAUGAGACCGUUUGUUAACUAGUGCUUCAACAUCCAGCUAUCACUGUCAUAAUCACUUGGCAUUGGUUCAAUCAAAAUACUGUAUGCUUACAAAAUGAAUAUAGAUGUGACUCAAAAAAGAGGGUGACUUCUGAAACUAAAUGGCUUACAGGAAAGUGAAUAAUGUAUGAUUAAGCUAAAUAGUGUGUGUUUAAAGCUAUUUGUUUUUAGUUGCUAUGUUCCCCGUUGACUAUCACAAGAAGCUUCAUUAAAACAAUGAAACACAUCUAGGCUGUGGUACAGUAGCUAGGCUCCAAAUGUUCAUGUCAAAAUCUAUCAAAUAGACUAAAUCAAGUUAGUUAAUUACUGUGUGCUUGCAUGAAUGGACAGGUAAUCAUGGAAUGGAUCCAGAUUCCUAAAUAAAGGUGUUUAUCUGCACAUGUGAAGUUAAAUAUAAAUGGAGGUUUUCCUUGAUUAUUCAAAUGUAACACAACAUUUAGACUGUAUUGUUAGUUUAUGGUCAGUAUGUUCAUUGAUAAAAUAUGUUUUCAAAUAUAUACACUACCGGUCAAAGGUUUUAGAACACCUCCAUUUUUCCAGUUUUUAUUGAAAUUUACACAGUUUAAUGUCUCAAUGUACUCUGAAAUUAAAGCAUAGAACAAAUAAACAAUUCGAGAUAAAAAAGAAAUCAUGGAAUCGUUUUGCUUAACUAAAUUUAAUCUAAAUUUUUGACUUAUCAAAGUAGCCACCUUUUGCAGAUAUAACAGCCGAACACACUCGUGGCAUUCUUUCUACAAUGGAAAUCAAAUAUUGUUCGGAAAGUUCUUCCCAACACUGUUGCAGAAGUUCCCACAAAUGUGUUGCACUUGUAGGUUGCUUUGCUUUCACCCUUCUGUCCAGUUCAUCCCAAACCAGCUCGAUGGGGUUUAAGUCUGGAGACUGUGCUGGCCAUUCCAUGAUUUGAAGCCUACCGUCUUGUUCUUUUCUUCUAAGGUAGUUCUGACAUAGCCUGGAGGUAUGUUUUGGGUCAUUAUCUUGCUGUAGGAUGAACCCCUGACCAACUAGGCGUAUACCAGAGGGUAUUGCAUGGCGCUGCAAAAUGCUGUGGUAGCAGUUUUGGUUCAGGGUGCCACUCACUCUGUGCAAGUCGCCGACUCUGGAUCCAGCAAAAGAGCCCCAGACCAUCACGCUUCCUCCUCCAUGUUUGACAGUUGGUGUCACACACCGAGGAACCAUCCUUUCGCCUACUCGACGGCAUACAAAAAUCCUGCGUGAUGAACCGAAGAUUUCAAAUUUUGAUUCAUCGGUCCAUAAGACCUUCUUCCAGUCUUCAGUAGUCCACUGGCGGUGCUUCAUGGCCCAGGCAAGCCUCUUUUUCUUAUUUUGCCAUCUUAGCAAUGGCUUUCUUACUGCCACUUGACCUGUCAAACCUGCAGCUCGAAGUCUUCUCUUCACAGUUGAAACUGAGACUUGCUUACUUCGACCAGUGUUAAGCUGUGCUUGAAGCUGUUGUCCUGUGAGCCGCCUAUCACGCAAGCUGUUGACUCUCAGAAACUUGUCUUCUGAUUCUGUUGUGGCUUUGGGUCUGCCAGACCUCUUCCUGUCAGAGUUUCCUCCAGUUUCCAAGUGCCUUUUGAUGGUGUAGGAAACUGUACUCACUGACACCUUGGCUUUCUUUGCAAUUUCUCUAAAGGAAAGACCUACACUUUUAAGGGUUAUAAUGGUCUGUCUGUCUUCCUUUGUUAAUUGCCUUUCUCUCACCAUUAUGAGAGCAAUAUACUACUUCCUGCAGUACAAUACUGUCCAAAUAAUGCUUAAGAUGGUGUAGUAACACAGUCUGUUCCAACACUGCUUUUAUACAGACAGAGGGUUUGUAAGUAAUCAACAAAAGUUGUGACACCUGUAGGAAUUGUUAGCAUUAACUUUCAAGGCUUAAUUUACUUCCAUUGCUGCAGAACAGCUGUAAGUUGUUAACCCAUUACUUGUUCCCUGAAAAAGGCCUUUUUGUAUAACUCAAAUGUACAUUAUUUUUCAGUUUUUGGUAACCUAAACUUUUUUUUUUUAAACCUCUGGCAGUUUACCGCUUACCUUUGUACCAUUUCAUGUUAUUCACUGGACUUGAACUGCUUAAAUUUCAAUAAAAACUGGAAAAAUGGGGGUGUUGUAAAACUUUUG